CGGCUGCGCGCUGUGGAGCCGGGCGCUUCGCUUCGCCGAGCGGGGCGUCCGCGCCUAUGCCGGGCGCCGGGCUGCUCCUCCGCGCCCUGGGCCGCCCCCGCGGCUGGGCGGGCGGCGGGUCCCGCCUGCGGGCAGCUCUGGGGCUGCCGCCGGGGCCGCCGUGCUGCCCCCGCGGGCUGCGCCGGGCGGGUAAACUCCACCGCUGUGCCACGACAGAGGCCUCCCAAGCCACCCUCGCUAGCGUGUCUCCUGUUUUUGCAGUGAUGAAGCUUGACAAAGAGGGAAAUACCACCUAUUUUGAAAAGAAGAAAACAGAAUUGUACCAGGAAUUGGGUCUUCAAGCUCGAGAUCUAAGAUUUCAACACCUAAUGAGCAUUGCAACUAGGAACAACAGGAUCAUCGUGAGAAUGGAGUUCUUGAAGGCUGUCAUAACACCAGAGUUUCUUCUGAUACUAGAUUAUCGUAAUUUAAAUCUGGAACACUGGCUCUUCAAUGAACUGGUAUCUCAGCUGGCUGGGGAAGGUCAGCUAGUUACAUAUUCCCUGCCCUUUGAAUUCCGAGCCAUAGAAGCAAUCCUGCAGUACCGGAUCAGCAAACUGCAGGGGAGACUUAACACUUUGCAGCCUCAGAUCCUUGAGACACUGGAAGCUCUAGUGGACCCCAAGCUUUUGUCUGUGGAUAGGAGUAAACUACACAUUCUCCUGCAAAAUGGCAAGAGCUUGUCAGAACUGGAAACAGAUCUUAAAGUUUUCAAAGAAACAAUUCUGGAGAUCUUAGAUGAAGAAGAAUUAAUAGAAGAGCUCUGUCUAUCUAAAUGGACUGAUCCACAAGUAUUUGAGGAGAGUACAUCUGGGAUUGACCAUGCAGAGGAAAUGGAGCUGCUGCUGGAGAACUAUUACAGACAAGCAGAAGAUCUUGCAAAUGAAGCUCGUGAACUCAGAGUAUUGAUUGACGACUCAGAAAGCAUAAUCUUUAUCAACCUGGACAGCCACCGUAAUGUGAUGAUGAGACUGAACUUGCAGCUGACUAUGGGGACUUUCUCUCUGUCUCUCUUUGGACUCAUAGGCGUUGCAUUUGGUAUGAACUUGGAGUCAUCCCUUGAAGAGGACCCCAGAAUAUUUUGGCUGGUGACAGGGAUUAUGUUUCUGGGAAGUGGUCUGAUAUGGCGGCGCUUGCUUUCCUUCCUUGGGCGGCACCUAGAACCUCCACUACCUCCGCACGUUCCUGCAGUUUUGAAAAAAUCCCAACCAGCAGCUGGAAGAGUGGAGAUAAAGAACAACCUUAAAGCAGAAACAUUUGGGCUGAGCAGAAGCACAUUAACAAACCAAUAGGAACAGCAGGAAUGAAGAGACUCUUACUGUUACAGGGUGCACUUUGGACACUUUCCUUGCAUUUGUUCUUCCUUACUGAAAACUGCAAGAAUUUCUAAACUUGCUUAUUUAAUAUAUAUUUUGUGCCAAAAACCUAUAGUGAGAUUUUAAUGCUCACACACAAAAGGAGAGAAACGCAAGGGAAAACAGUGACAUGCUUUCUGGAGUAGUCUCACCUCCAUCCCAUGUAUGUUCCAUUAGUUUUCGGUAUCGCGUACAUGUACUUAUUUUUCGGGCAUUCUCAUUUUAAGUGUUUCUGUCAAAUACUUCUUUGCGUAAUGGCCUUUCUUAAAGAGAACAGUAUUUUCAGCUUAAAGGGUGACAGCAGUCAACAUUCAUCAAUAAUUCUGGUUCUGAGUUGCAUAUUUAGGAAUCUGACUUCAAAUGUCAAAGAAAAAUCCACCCCAAAGUGGCCUUUUUAAUGGAUUUUUUUUAAGGGCCUAUUUAAUUGCAGAGAACAGAUUUUCCAAACCAAAAAGCAUACCUGCAUCUCUUGUGAAGCAUCCAUCACCUCUAAACUGGCAGUAACCAGAAAUCAUAGUUUCCCUUAUUUUAAGCAAGCAGUAACAGGCUUUGAAAUGUAGCUACUUAUCUUGGGUAUUCCUUAACAAUUAAUUUAGGCCCAAAAUGUUUGCAGUUUUAGUAGCAGGGAAAGCAGACCUAUUGGCAGUGCACACUUGUGCUUGCCAUCUGCCACUCCUUGAACACACAUUGAUACAGCUGCAGUUUAACAACUCCUCAUGUUGUCAUAAGGCCUGAUUCAAAUGCUGGUAAAAAUCAGCAGACCAGUUGUUGGUUUCCCUUAAGCUGGGCUCUGCUUUCUCUCUCUUCACUCCAAGAAGACAAGACAAAGCAUGGACUAGCCUGCACCACAGUUGAGUAGCUGGGUUAGUAAAGGGUGUGGAAGCCUGAUGUCCUGUGAUGGACUGAAGGAGGGAGGAAAAAUUCUUAUGCCUGCUAUUUAUGUUUUUUCUUAGGACUUGUCUCUGAACUCUGAGGGUGUAGUUCUCCACUGGUUUCUCUUGGUCUCUAGAGGGAGCAUGAAAUCCUUCUAAAUCAGGUCACAAACUGUCCGUUUCUUGUUUGGGUUUUUUUAACAUCUCUGUAACAUACAGUGAGUAGCUCCUUAGGUGCCACCAGGUAAAUCACUGUACUAGUAGGCGUUGAAAAGACAGUAACUGUAGCUGUGAACAUUUUUACUCAGGACUAACGAGUCAAAAAUGGAAAUAAAAAGGUACAUAAAUUAAAAUUAUGCAGGCCUGUGAUCCUAAUUUGGUUAAAAUCAGUUGUGUGUAAUUACUUUCAAAAGUACUUUCAAAAAUUGUUCUGUAUGUGACUUCAUAUAUAAAAGGUAUGAGAAGGUGAGAAAGUUCACGGGGUUUGUAAUGUUCUUGAGUUUUUUAGCUGUAUUUUUUUUCAGCCUUUUUGCUUAGCAGGUAGAGAUGUAAAAAACCUCUAAACUGAGCAAUCCAGUGGAAAAAACAAUGGCUCACAUACCUUGGCUGAUAAACCCCAGGAAAGCCCAGUGCGUGAAGGGAUAUAGAUGCUGAUGUUUUCAACCAAGCUGCAGUUGCAUUAGGCCAGGACUGAAAUGUGUUGGUGCAGCUGUUUGGAAAGCUUUCACGUAAGCUUUCCAAGCUCUGUCUUUUGUGCAGAGAGGCUUCUCUGAACCAUGUUGAUUCCUCCUCCUGUACGUAACUGACUUAAAGCACAAUAAAAGCACUGAGAGAAAGACA